AUGCAAGCUUAGUUAGAGGUUUAGAAAUUGGAUAAUGAUUUAUAUCUGAUCUUGCUCUAGAUCAAGGGUGACACAUCAUAUGAUAAAGUCGGAUUUUCAAUUACAAGAAAGGAGAAUUCUCUUUAAAAUCUUACAGCAAUUAGCUUCUCCAAUUCUUUGGUUGAAGGAUCUUCAUUCAAAAAGAGUGAUGUCUUUCUUAAGUUUUUGAAACAAAAUGAUUACAUCAAGCUAAAACACUUGGAACUCGAGUUAUAUGAGGAUCUGCAAGACAAUGAUACUGAUUAUGUCAAAGGCUUUUGUGAACUAAUUGCGAGCAAAUAAGAUAGUUUGAGGUCAAUUUAACUAGGAAUAGAUUCUGCUUAUUAAACUUAGUUUAUUCUUCCAUUCUUAGAAAGAUUACCCCUUAUUUCUCCAAAGCUUAAGAAAUUGGGCCUAAGAUUCUUAAGUUUGUAAAAGGAAAAUCCUUUAUAAAAUAUUUAAUCAUUAGGUUUUCUCAAUCUUAUUAGCCUGGAUGUGUCAUACUCUCUAGUUACAUUACCACUCAUCUAUAAAAUUACUCAAAGGCUAAGAAAUUUAAGACAUCUUUUAUUGCUUGAGUCAAUUUAUUCCCAAGAAGAAAUAGAUAGCGAAAUGAAUGAAAAUAAAUAUCUUUAAACUUUCGCUUUAACUUUUGCCUCUUAAAAAGGUUUAGAAAACGACAAGAAAAUAAUAGGAUUAAUGUAAUUCAUCUAAACUUUAACAAACCUUAAUACUUUCCAAAUUGAUUUUAAGGAAAUUUUCUAAGAUGAGCUAGAUGCACUCCAAGGAAAUGUUAGCAACUUAAAAUUAAGCAUGAAAUCUAAUGACAUGUAUUUCUUAGAUAAAAUUUCAAGACUUGAAAAACUAAAAACUCUAGAGUUAAACGUAAAUGCUUAAAAAUACACUUAAGAUAUUGUCGAAAAAAAUAUCGAUAAAUAACAUCAAUUAGAAAUGCUAAAAUUGAGGAUUCAGAGCAGUAGAAGCUCCCAUGAUAUUUAAAAUGGAAUUCAAUAAGUUCUUAUUAUUUUCCAAAAUCUCAAAGCGCUACUAUUAUAUGAAAUAAAUUUGAUGUGUUAAGAAUCAAUUUCUCUCAUUGCAGAAUAUAUAAGCAGGAGUAACAAGCUAGAAUAACUCAGAGUAAGAUAAUGCCCUAUUACUGAGGAGGAUUUUGUCCGCUUAUAGUAGGCGAUUGUAGAUUCAAAAACUAUUAAAGAUUAUGAAUUUAUGCAAGGCAACUAUUCACACAGCAAUCUCUUAAAUUUGAAUGAAUAUGAAGAAUUGCCCUAACUUAUCAGUCCUCAUCUCAAAUAUAUCAGAUUAUCUGUUCUUUACUUUAGUACAACUUAACUUUUACAGAUUUUAGGACAAGUUAAACAAGGAUAUCAAUUGAGACAAAUUUAAAUUGAGAGAAUAAAAUUUUAGACUGAAGAGCAGUAACAAUUUGCGGAAAGUUUAAUUGAAAUUUUAAAGAGUGAUGAUUUGCAAGGACUAAGAGGAGUCAUCAUUAACAUUAGCAUAGUUGGAGCUAUUGAUCAAUUGAAGAAGCACUUUGAAAAUGUCAGGUUCAAUAAUCUAAUUGAAUUUUAAUUGUCAUUGUGA